AUGCGCAUGAUCCUGAAGGAGUUUAGGGUUUGGGUGGACGAGAAGGACGUGUCCAUGGACAUUGCUUACAAGGAGGAGCUGCAAUGCGUGCUGGACGAGCGUCACGUGGCGCUACCUCAGGUGUUCGUGCAAGGGAAGUACGUGGGUGGCACCGAG